AUGGCCCGCGCGGGGGCCGCCUCCUCCCCCGCGCCGCCGCCCCCGCUGCCCGCCUUGCCCCUGGCUCGGGAGGCGGCGGCGGCGGCGGCGGAGGAGGACGAGGAGGAGGAGGAGGAAGACCCCCCGUCCCGGACCCUGGUGCCCCGCUCCUCCCCGGUGCCCAGGCCCCAGCACCCCGCCGCCGCCGCCGGCGGGGGAAGCAGCUCCUCCUCGGGCGACGAGGACGAGGAGCAGCAGCAGCAGCAGCAGCCCGAGCAGCGCCCGCCCCCUCGCUUGCCAGGGCCCCUCUGCCCGCCGCCCCCGGCUGGCCCGCUCUCCCCGCAUGGCCAAGGGCAGCAGCCCCCGCAGCAUGUCCCCGCCACCGCUGCCAUGGAGGAGCCCGCCCAGAACGCUGCAGGCCGGCACGUGCUCUUCGCCGAUGCCCUGGGCCUGCCCUUGGCCCGCUGGCGGCGCUAUCAGCCCUGGCCACCACCAUCUCCGGAGUCCCCCCCUGAGGUGGUGCCCCCCUUGGCCUCUUCCCAGCCACCCUCCCAUCCUACCCCCUACUUUCUGCCCUCUUUUGUGUUGCAACCGGCGGGGCAAGGUGAGGAGGAGAAGCUUGGGCGCCUGCGCCAGGCCAAGGUGGAGCUGGAAGAGCUGCUGCCCCCAGAGCCAGGGGAGCCCCGGGUCUUGCGUGGCACCGUGCGGGUGCUCAACGUUUCUUACCACAAGGCUGUGCACGUGCGGGCCAGCCGAGACCGGUGGCAGAGUCACCGGGACUACGCUGCCCUCUAUAUUCCAGGGGGUUCGCCAGACGGGGGCCUGACGGACCGCUUUGCUUUCCGCCUGGAAUUUGGUGAUGAGGAUGAGGAAGAGGAAGAGGAAGGAGGGCCCCGGCUUGACUUUGUGGUGCGCUACCAGACCGAGGAGGGCGUCUACUGGGCCAACAAUGACGGCAGGAACUACAGUGUGGUACUGAAGGGGGCUGCACCUUCCCAGGGUGUGCCCAAGAGGUCUGGCAAAGAGGGCGAAUCACGAAGACUCAAGAGCUGCAUGAGGCCAAUCAGAAUCAGGUCAAGUGAAAACGAGCUGCGAAUAGAGGACAUAGCUCAGACAGUCUGCACUGAAGAAAAGAAAACUGAUAGAGGCUUGGCCAGUGAAUCCCUAAACCUUCCUGUUCUGCAGCCCCUGCUCUCAAUGACACAGAUUCCAGAACUCACAAUCACCACCAACUCCCCAGAAAAGAAGGAACCUUCUAAAGGCAGUCUUGUGGAUUUCACCGAUUCCCCACAGGCACUUGCUUUCAAGGUCCAUCCCUCAUCUCAUGAGGAGCUGAAAGUGCCCUGGGGCUUGGUACUGGGAACCGAAACCCUUCCCUUAGGACAGUGGGAUGUGCCUGAGUUCAGCAAGUGUGACCUCACUACAGAGGGCUCUUUCAUGGAGGAAUGCAUGGAGGAGCAAUUGAGAAGGUACCAAGAGUUGCCCUACCGCUUGGAGGAAGAUGCCAUAGACCGGGAGCUGGAGCAGCUUUAUCUGUCCCACUUGAGCCGGCUCCGAGCAGAGGAGCUUGGAGGAAGAGAGGAGUGGGCUGAGGAAGGUUCAGGCAAUCCUAGCAGCCCUGCACCCUCUCUUAUUGCCUUGCGGCAGAGUGUCUUGACUGACCGUGACCUGAUAGUCAACUGGACAGGCCCCGAGAGAGCACUGAACAGCUCCCUGGCAGAGGAGAUCAUGCUGCACUAUGCCAAGCAGCGUGGUGAUGACUCCAGGGACAGUGAGGAGGAAGGAUGCAUGCCAGGGUAUGCAACAAUGGCACCAUCUGAGUUGGUAGGACCAGGUCGUGAUAGUCCACCUGUCCUACUAGAAGGCUGCUUUCUAAACCACCUGGAAGAGGGAAAUGUCCAACGUGGCUUAUCUAAGGACUCUGACUCUCCUGUCAGCUUGAGAGUGGUGUCACCCAACACCUCACGACCUGCCACUCAGGAGGCCAUGGUGAUGCCUCUGGUAGUCCCAGCCCGGACACUAGUGCCCCUUCCACAGCGGCCCACAGAUCUGCUGUCCAGCCCUCUUGGUGCCCAUGGACAGAAAAAGAGCCAGGGCUUCUUGAUAGGGCAAGGCAGCCUUUGGUUGGGUGAAGGGCUUAAUGUCCACAAGCCUCCUGAAGCCAAUCCUGGUUCUCAUAGUGAACUUGAAAAGAUCUUGACACGGUCCCUGCGGUUUCUCAGCCUCUUUGUCUUCCUGCCUGUGGUUUUCAGCAGCUGCAUGCCCCUCGUAGCCAUUAUGCUUUACCUCCUCCUGGACUGGUUCUCAUAGUUUGGCAUCUCUCUCUCUGAGGUGUUGGAAGGCCCAUAAGAGGACUGUCUGCAGCUUGGCUCCAUUCCUGUUUUCUUCUGAACAACAAUGGUUUGAUUGAGAGAAAGAGAGGGCAAGUCAAGUCCUCCUGAGAAAUCAUGGCAUGUCUUAGUUGCGGCUGCUUAUAAUUUUCCAAAGUUUAGUGCACUUUUCUUUCUUUUUGUUUUGUGAAAUCAUUUGAGGAUGAUUUUUAAAUGCGUUAUUUACAACCACCCAUGAGAAAAUUCCGAGGGCUAGCUCUAAAAGAUGGCAUGGUUGGACACCCCAUGAGUAGCAAAGAGCCUCCCAUCUCCACAACAUAUUGUUUUCCCUUGGCAUGAAACUCCCAAGAAGGGCAAAAGUAAUGUGAGAAAAUUAUUGGGUUGCCCACCCCUGCCACUUGAAAGAUAAAGGGACCAACUAAGGCUGCCUUGCCCAAAGGCCUGUCAAAUGCUAGAUCCAUUACUGUCUGGUAAUGUUUCUAAUUUUUGUCAGAUAUGAAUUUGCAGGAGGCAUCUAUUUGCAGGAGGAAAGCAUUGCAUUUUUCUUCCCUGGAAAUAAAUUUCCUUGUUGGGGUUGGCAGACUUUAAUCUGAAUUUUUAAGCCUUCUCCUUUAUGGUGUUUGGCUUUCAAAGACUGAAAUACUAAGCAUACAUACCUGGCAGGAAUAAGUCCCGUUAUUUAACAGGAGAAAGUAUACAAUUGCACUUUUAUACUUAAGAGAUGCACUAUGAACAGGUUUCAACUUGUUCCUUGUUUUGUUGGGGGGGGGGGCUUAUUGAAAAGAGAUAAAACUAGACUCUUUGGAAAAAGGAACAAGCAUUCACAUUUUUAAAGUCUAAUUUAAAUUUACCCAUGUCAGAUUUUUUUAAAGGGCCUUUUCUUAUUUAAAUCAUUUUUAAAAUGAAUUCAGUGUAUGCUUCCUCUGAGCGUAAUACUGCAGAGUAUGGCAACUAGAUUUCUGGGCAGGCUAAAUCUUGGAGGAAUCAUUGGUUAAGUACCAUUCAGAGUCCUUUUAGCAGAAAAGAUUAAUAAUAAUAAUAAUAAUAAUAAUAAUAAUAAUAUUGUCGCUUUAAGCCUUGCCCUUGGCCACCCAUAUGUGAGAAAAGAAAAUGGUGAAUGGAGCAGAAAUAAGCUAGCUGCCUCAGUUUCUAGAAUGCUUUUUUCAAGGGCUAAAAAUAAAACAAACAUACAAUAUAUGAAGAAAAUAUUUUAGUUGAAGUUACUCCACUCCUGCUUAAUCCUGAACCAUAGAGGAAGUUUUAUGGCUCUUCCAGAAAGUAUAUAUGCUUGGACUUUUGAGAUUAUGGCACCCAGUAUAGCAAUUUUAUUACUUCAGUUUAAAAAUAACAAGAAAAUGUCCAAACUUGCCCUCAAAAAAACCCCUAGAAUAUUUGCAUUCUUGGGAGGGAGGAAAAUUGUAAAUAUUAUUUUUCAAAAUACCUUAGCAUAGUCCAGCAGGACAUUCUCCUGUGCAAAUGCCAGUGAAAUUUUAAAAAGCUUUUGUAUUCUUCUUUUUCAUUUCACUGAAGUUUCUGCAGGUGAACCUGGAUUGAGCCCUCAGUUCCCAUAAACUGGCAUUCCUUUUUUCAAAAAGGCAAACAUCAAGAUGCUUUCCAUUCCAAACAAGAUGGUAACCUUUUCGGUGUUCUGUCCACCAAACCCCGGCAGAAUUCAGCCGCUGCCAUUCCAGACGGCUAGUCUAAAAGGUGGUGCAGACACAUUUCCUUCAUGCCACAAGCCCCAGCCACACCCGUUCCUUAACGAGAUCCUCCAGACUGCUGAUUUAAUCUCUGCUUUAAGGACUCCUUUCUGCUCAUGGAUCUACCCGUGCUUCUCUGCCACCAGCAGGGUCCAGUAUAGAGGACUACAGGAAAGCUGCCCUAAACAAAUGGCCCCCUAUUUAUUUUUGUACCUGGUGGGAAAUCCUGACCUUUUCUACCAUAGAACUAACCCUAAGAUAGAGAGUUUAUUUAUUAACCACUAGCAGUGCAAGUCCAGAGUGCUGGGGGUUGAAGAUGAAAAUAAUUUAUUAUUCUAUAUCAGUGUAUGUGUCUGCAGCAAAACAGUAGAUUGAAAACACUGUCUUCAUGUGCAAUAGGCUAAACUGGCAUUGAACCUGCCAUGAAAAGACAAGCCACUUUCAUGCUGCUAAACAUGCUUCAUUACUUCCUCUUGAAUGUUGUACUCUCAACAGCUGCUGUGAUAUAGUUUGUGAGGCCUUGUGGAGGAAGAGGGAGGUCUUUGUGUGGGUUCUGAGGCCACUUCCCUCUGCUGAUCCAAACUUGGCCGUGCUUUCUCAUCCAAUGGCAAAUAUUCUCAUGUAGGGAAUGUAGGUAUUUUUGGAAGGUGGAAGGUGGAAUGUUGCUUGUGCUUCGUGAAUGGAGAUUGGAGUCCAGUCUUGAUUUUACAGUCAUCAGUGGAAAAAUCUGUAUUCACCAAACAGAAGCUAAGUUCAGAAUGUAACUAACAGCUACAGCGCUGUGUGUGUGUGUGUGUGUGUGCGCGUGCAUAUAUAUCUUUGUUGAGUUGUCCCAUGGUUAUGGUCUUUGUCCUUCCCAGGGGCCUAGGAAGGGGAGGCGGUGGGGGACGGUCCGCCCCAGGUGCCCUCACUGAGGGGGGUGACACUUGGCGCGCCACCCGCCUGCCCACGAGUCCCAAGCCUACCCCAAGCUGUUGGGGUGAGGCGGGGAGCUGCGCCGCUUUGCCAGCAGCAUUCCCCCCCUUCCCCCUUCAUUUUGACAGCUUGGGGGAGGCUUGGGAGUUGCGGGCGGGCGGCGGGCCAAAUGUCCACCAUGGGCAGCUUGCUCUGCCCCCACAAGCGGUUUGCUCCGUCCCCGGCUGCAGGGCACACGCGCCGCUCUAGGCACCCAAGCGGCUAUCCUGCGCCUGGGAGGUCACCCUCCGCGCCACGCCCCCCUCAGGAGCACACCCGCCCUGGGCAGCGCGGGCAUAUGCUCCGCCGCUAGUCGUUCCAACCCUGGUUUCUCUUCUGCCUUAGCCAAUCCGUCUGCUUCCCCUAAUGGAGACCUACAAUAUGUCUGAAGACACCAGUUCCACCUCACAACAGUAUCUGAAGUCUUUUGAGCCACCCACCUGGCUGUAAUGCAUGUGUCACUUCCAUUCCACACAUCUGCAGAAGCAUUAGGUAAAGCCAGAGGCAUUCUUGCAAUGAGGCAAGGUGAGGUGGCUGCUUCAGGUGGCAGAUUUUUGGGCAGCGUUGAGGGUUGUACAGUGGGAGGCAGACAGAUUUGAGCUUAUAGUGUAUAAUCCAACAGGUAGAACUCCACACAAGGGUAUCACUUCAGGAGAACUUCCCUGUGGAAUGUGUCCCAUGUUAAUUUAUAGUGAGGGAGGAAGUACCUUUGAAUUUUUCUGUAUUAGAAAUGUCUUGCAACUGUCUAGGUGAAAACUAAGGCUAGUUCUCAUGUUACAGUGCAGAGCACGCUAGGCUGCCUCGUUUUUUAAAAACCAUUUUUAGGCCAGGUUCUUACUCAGAACUGCAUCUGGGUUGUUCCAUUUUAGACUUCAGUUACAUGUAGGACUUACAUGAUUGAAUGCCCCUCUGUCUAAAACUGCACAUAGAAAACUAGCACAUAAUAACAUUUUUCCUUACAUGCCAGUUUCCUUGUGCAGAGAUUUUUUAAAAUUUUGUUUGAAGAAAUGCUUGGUUAUAAAUGUUCUCACUUGCAGCCUGAUGUAGGUGCAGCUUAGGUGCUGGUUUACUACCUCAGUAAGAACCUGGGUCUGAGUGUGUUAACAACAGCAAAAAAGUGUGGAAUCAGCAUUCAUACAUGGAACUGCUGCCUCACUUCGCUUCUGCCAGUUCCCAUGUGCUGUCUAUAACCCCUCACCAACUAAGUAGUCACUUUCCAAGAGUCAGUGGUUUCUGCUCUCUGAACAGCAUUAAUAAUAAUCAACCCAGCAGGAACUGUAUAAAGUUUCAGAUAACCUUUACCAUGCAUAUCAAGAAUGUCCUGGAAAGUGUGCAUAUUAAAACAGGUUAACUUGU